UUUAUGGUGGGCACAACAAAAUUUAAAUUCUAAUGGCCAACGGAGCUCUAUUAGCCCACACGCACCCUGCCGAAGCAGCGAUUCUCCGUGCAAUUGCCGUGCCAGUGCCCGAUCUAAUGGAUCAGAUGUAGCAUACACCGAGGUGUAAUCUAAUCUCAACAUCAGCAUAUUGAUCGUAAAUUAAUUAGUGAAGCCAGCUAUAUUUCUUGUGUAUUUUUAACCCAACGCCAUGACUGGAACUAACAAUGUCGCCCAUUCUGGAGCAGUAUACGCGGUGCUCUCGACGCCAAACCACGCCGGAGCGGACAGCUACGAUUUUGGCAGAUGCGCCACAGACGAGCCCAGUGAGCUGAGCGCUUUCUUCGACUGGCGCUUCAUUAGCAAAAAGAUGGAACAUAAAAGCGGCGGCGUCUUCAAGAAUCGCAAUCUGAUUGUCGAUCUGCUGGCCAUAUGCUUCGGCAUCGGCACCUGGCUGGGCGUCAAUGGCACCUUUAUACAGCUGCCGCUGCUGGUCAACGAGGCGCCCGAGGGCUGGAGUCUGCCGUCCUAUCUGAGCGUCAUGGUGCAGAUAGGCAAUCUGGGACCGCUGCUCUACACUGUGUACCAGAAGUUCUCGCCGUGGAAGCUCAAUGAUGGCUGGACCAUUCAUGCAGUCCUCAUGAUCGGCACACUGUCCUGCCUGUUCACCGCCUUUUUCUACAACCGUACGGCGAAUCUGGCGGGCAGUGAUCACAGCGUCGCUCUCUUCAUACUGACCAUCUUUACGGCGCUCAAUGCGUGCACCAGCUCGGUACUCUUCAUGCCCUACAUGGGACGCUUCAAGGAGCAGUACAUAAUCACCUAUUUCAUUGGCGAGGGCCUCAGCGGCCUUCUGCCCAGCGUCACGGCUCUGGUGCAGGGCAUCGGCGACAGCGGCAGCUGCGUGCUGGUCAACGAGACGGAGACGGGCGAGGGCGUCUAUCAGAAAGUAACCGAACCGCCCUUGUUUGACACCAAGGUAUUCUUCUUGAUAUUAUUUGCCUUGAUGGUGCUCAGCUAUAUUGGCUAUACGCUGCUCAAUCAUCUGCCCCUGGCGCGGCACGAAUAUGCCCAGGUCACGGUUGGCAAGGGCAACAAGUAUGAGUACGGGCAGGACGACAACCAGCCGCAGGUACUGAAGCUUAGCUCCUGCCAGUAUGUUGGCCUGCUCUUGCUCAUAGGCGCAAUUUCUCUGUUCAGCAACGGGAUGUUCCCUAGCAUCAAAUCCUAUUCGAGUGCGCCGUAUGGAACGCGCGCCUAUCACCUCUCUGAAACGCUAAGUGCUAUUGCCAAUCCGGUGGCCUGCUUUCUGGCCAUGUUCCUGUAUGUGACAUCCCUGCGCAUGAUCUAUGUGCUUUCCGCGCUGGCAGCGCUGCUCACCAGCUAUGUAUUUACCACGGCGGUACUGAGUCCGUAUCCACCGCUCUACGACGAGACCAUCGGCACAGUAUUGGUGGUGACCGCAUGGACGCUGCUAAUCGGAGUAGUCAGCUACACCAAGCUGGGCAUUACGACUGUGAUGCGUGGUCAAGGCGGCCAGUCGUUGGUUUGGGUGGGCGCCAUCACGCAGCUGGGCUCGGCCAUCGGCGCCAUCUCCAUAUUCUUCGCCAUCAACUAUACGCGGUUCUUUCAGGCCGCCGAAUCGGAUUGCUGAUAUCCUCAUCUAGAUGAUUUUAUUGUAAAUAAGAUUAUCUAUUUAUAGAUAUAGAAACACUUUUAUUUUUUACGGGAGCCUUGUCACAAGAUUAGCAGAUUUGAAACAUUUACCACGUAAUACAGAACUAAGUUUUUGA